AUGACUGAUGUCAACAAGGGAGACUCGUGGCGCAGCCAUUCGCGUUUGUUUCUGGCGUGUGGCGUUGUCAUCUUGAGCCCAUUUCAGUAUGGAUUUGAUUUUGGGAUGAUCGGCUGGAACAUCACGACCGAGCGACAGCAACUCAUCUCUUCACUGAUGACUCUCGGUGCCUUCAUCAGCUCUGCCACCGCUGGUAUUCCCUCAAAAUGGUUCGGACGCCGCGCAUGUCUGGCCGCUGCCUGCGUUACAUGCUUUGUCGCAAACAUCAUUAUGAUGACCACAGAAAGUAUCGGGGCUCUGUAUGCUGGACGCUUGAUCAUCGGGCUAGCCAACGGAUACUUCAUGACGUUUGCUCAGCUGUAUUUGCAAGAGAGUAGCACUGCUGAACUGCGUGGUGUGUUCCUGACUGGCUUCAACUUCUUCGUCUCAUUUGGCACGCUCAUUGGAACUAUCGUGGACUGGGCGACUGCCAAACGACCAGACAAGUCAGCAUACUUGAUUCCGUUGGGCUUGAUUUACGUCUUCCCGUUCAUCAUUCUCUGUUCAAUAUGGUUCGUGCCCGAGUCGCCUCGAUGGCUCAUUUUGCGAGGGCAAUUCGAUGACGGCGUCAAAGCCCUUGAGUGGCUACGACCACAUGAUCACGACAGUCUUGCAGAAGCCACCGCAAUCCAAGCUGCUAUUGAUCGCGAAAAGGAAACACACUCUGGUAUCGGCUGGCUGGACCUCUUUAGCAAUCCUGUCGAUCGGCGCCGAACGACCCUCGCUGUCUGCGCUGUCUUAUUGCAAGCAGCGUCAGGUUCCAUGUUUAUCAUUGCAUUCAAAGCCUACUUCCUCCAAAUGGCCAAAGUAGCCGACCCCUUCGCCAUGUCCAACGUUCUCUCCGCUAUUUCUAUUCUCGCUUUCAUCGCCAACUCGUUCAUCGUCGUGCGUUUCGGCAAUCGUCGCAAUUUGCUCAUGACGGGAUUGUUGAUCUGCGGUUUCCUCCAACUCAUCAUCGCGACGGUAUACCACAAACAUCCCAAUGCCAAAGCUACUGGGAAAGUAACGGUAGGACUGACGGGCAUCUACAUGUUUAGCUACAACGGUAUGAUCAGUACCUAUGCUUGGCUCUGCGGUGGUGAGCUACCCACCCAACGCCUCCGCUCGCACACUUUCGGUCUCGCGGCGGCCGCCGGCUUCGCUGGCGCGUGGCUCACGACCUUCACGGCACCGUACUUCAUUAAUAUCCAAGCUCUCAACUGGGGCCCACGCUAUGGCUUCAUCUGGUUCCCCUCUUGUAUUAUCGCAGCUACAUGGGUCUUCUUCUUCUUGCCCGAAGUCAAGAAUCGGACGCUUGAGGAAAUCGAUGAAAUGUUUGAAGCGCGGUUACCGGCUCGCAAGUUUAGGACAUAUGUAAGUCGAGGACGCGUUGACUUGAAUGAGGAAGGGAGGAAGAGUAUGGAAAAGGAGAAAGAAGUGGCGGUCUUGAGGAGUGAAGCUGUUGCAGCUGAGACGGCAGUGUCCAAGGAUUGA